GCUAAAGCCCUUAAUCUCUGUUCCUUGAAACUCCGUUCAGCCACCGUCUCCAGCCUACAUCAUACACCACGGGCUGCCUAGAUGCGAGUUAAGGUUCCAGAGUCCUGGAGGAGAGCGCAGCCAAGCAGCCAUUGGGUCACGUGUCCCAUAGAAGGGCACCUCUGUGACACCAGGGAGAGCAAGUCUAGGGUCUGUACGCCAGUUCCGCGCUCUGGAACACAGAGAGAGAACCAGGCAGAGAGAGAAGAGCCUGCAGUGAGGCAGGUUGGAGACGGUGGUGGAGAGGGAAGCGAUGAUGAAUACCCCCCUUAACUUUCCUCUCCCUCGGCCCACACACUUGAAAUAGAAAUAAUAACACAACCAACCACCCGCCCGUAUCCGCGAUGCUAUCGCCCUAUUUAAGUUGCCUCGCUCCGGAGGUUCGGGGUAUAAAGUGCAGACUGUCGCGGUCGCCGCAGGCCGGCUCCGGAGUACAGGUUCGCGCCGGUGAGCGCGGGUGACCCCACCUUCAAGGAAGCGGGCUCCAGGCUCUCCCACGCCACGCCGGGCUGACCCCCCGCCCUCCUCCGUCCCUCCUCUCCGCCGAGCUCCCUCCUCCCUCCUGCGCGCCUCCUUCUCGCAGAGGCCCCCGCGGACCGGCGAGGCGGCAGCAACCCACGUCGCCGCCGCCGCAGCUCCUGCCCGCAGCGCGCCCGCCGCGUCCCCGGCUCCCACGCAGCGCGCGCGAGCGGCGGCGCCAGCAGCCCCGGACCCCCGCACGGUGCGCACGGCGCGGCGGGCGCUGGGCUGAGCCGAGCCCGGCUGGGGCCGCAGGAGGGCGGCGUGGUGGAGGACGCCGAGACGCUGCGGCGGCCGCGCAGAGGGGACGAGCUGCGCACCUGGAAAGUUACCCGGCGGCCUGGUUCCCGAGCAACAUGGGAAAUGGUUCAGUGAAACCCAAGCACGCCAAGCACCCAGAUGGCCAGCCAGGGAGCCUCAGCAACGAAGCGCUGCGGAGCAAGGUGGUGGAGCUGGAGCGGGAGCUGAGGAGGAAGGAUGCGGAGCUUCAGGAACGGGAGUACCACCUGAAGGAGCUGCGGGAGCAGCUGGCCAAGCAGACUGCGGCCAUCGCGGAGCUCACGGAGGAGCUUCAGAGCAAGUGUGUCCAGCUCAACAAGCUGCAGGACGUGAUCCACGUACAGGGAGGAAGCCCACUGCAGGCCUCCCCCGACAAAGUGCCUCUGGAUGUUCACCGCAAGGCCUCAGGCUUGGUCUCUCUGCACAGCAGGAGGGGGGCGAAGGCGGGAGUGUCUGCGGAGCCGACCACCCGAACCUAUGACCUCAACAAGCCCCCCGAGUUCUCCUUUGAGAAAGCAAGAGUCAGGAAGGAUUCCAGUGAGAAAAAGCUCAUUACGGAUGCUCUCAAUAAGAACCAGUUUCUGAAGAGAUUGGAUGCCCAGCAGAUCAAAGACAUGGUAGAGUGCAUGUACGGGAGAAAUUAUCAACAGGGCAGUUACAUCAUUAAGCAAGGGGAACCAGGAAACCACAUCUUUGUGCUGGCAGAGGGUAGACUGGAGGUGACCCAAGGAGAGAAAUUGCUGUCAUCUAUACCGAUGUGGACCACAUUUGGGGAACUGGCGAUUCUGUACAACUGUACACGGACUGCCUCUGUGAAAGCUAUUACCAACGUUAAGACUUGGGCACUUGACAGAGAGGUUUUCCAGAACAUUAUGAGGAGAACGGCGCAAGCCAGGGAUGAGCAGUACAGAAACUUCCUCAGAAGUGUUUCCUUGCUGAAGAAUUUACCUGAAGAUAAACUAACCAAGAUCAUUGACUGCUUGGAAGUGGAAUACUAUGACAAGGGUGAUUACAUCAUCAGAGAAGGGGAAGAAGGGAGCACCUUCUUCAUUUUGGCAAAAGGCAAGGUGAAAGUCACACAGAGCACAGAAGGCCACGAUCAGCCGCAGUUAAUAAAGACACUGCAGACAGGGGAGUACUUUGGAGAAAAAGCUCUGAUCAGUGAUGACGUCAGAUCAGCCAAUAUCAUUGCUGAAGAAAAUGAUGUUGCGUGCCUCGUGAUAGAUCGAGAAACAUUCAACCAAACUGUCGGGACAUUUGAAGAACUCCAAAAAUACCUGGAGGGAUACGUGGCCAACCUGAACCGUGAUGAUGAAAAAAGACAUGCCAAGCGCUCCAUGUCUAACUGGAAGUUGUCCAAAGCCCUUUCUCUGGAGAUGAUUCAGCUGAAAGAGAAGGUGGCCAGAUUCUCCUCAACCUCCCCAUUCCAGAACCUUGAGAUUAUCGCGACACUGGGCGUUGGUGGGUUCGGAAGAGUGGAGCUUGUUAAAGUUAAAAACGAGAAUGUUGCCUUUGCGAUGAAGUGUAUAAGGAAGAAGCACAUUGUUGACACGAAGCAACAGGAACACGUCUACUCUGAAAAGAGGAUCCUGGAGGAGCUGUGCUCCCCAUUCAUCGUGAAAUUGUAUCGUACUUUCAAGGACAAUAAAUAUGUGUACAUGCUCCUGGAGGCCUGCUUAGGUGGGGAGCUGUGGAGUAUAUUAAGGGACAGAGGCAGCUUUGAUGAGCCCACCUCCAAAUUCUGUGUGGCUUGUGUGACGGAAGCAUUUGAUUACCUGCAUCGACUAGGCAUCAUUUACAGGGACCUGAAGCCAGAAAACUUAAUUCUGGAUGCUGAUGGCUACCUUAAGCUGGUUGACUUUGGAUUUGCUAAGAAGAUCGGCUCUGGGCAGAAAACGUGGACUUUCUGUGGGACUCCAGAGUACGUGGCCCCCGAGGUCAUUCUCAACAAAGGACAUGACUUCAGUGUGGACUUCUGGUCUCUGGGAAUUCUAGUCUACGAGCUCCUCACGGGCAACCCUCCCUUUUCUGGGAUAGACCAGAUGAUGACCUACAAUUUGAUUCUCAAAGGAAUUGAAAAAAUGGAUUUCCCCAGAAAGAUAACAAGGCGACCUGAGGAUUUGAUCCGGAGGCUUUGCAGGCAAAAUCCAACAGAAAGGCUGGGGAAUCUGAAGAAUGGGAUCAACGACAUAAAGAAACACAGGUGGUUAAACGGUUUUAACUGGGAGGGACUGAAAGCACGGAACCUUCCAUCACCUUUGCGGAGAGAGCUCAGUGGCCCCAUAGACCACAGCUACUUUGACAAGUAUCCACCUGAAAAGGGCGUGCCUCCGGAUGAGUUGUCAGGCUGGGAUAAAGACUUCUGACAGAAGGAAACGGGUGACAUGCCACAGAAGAGGACUGUGAGGAUCAAUAACACAAUGCUGGUUGUUCCAGAAGGUCAUUAGGGAAAAGAACCCCCCUGCUAGUCAGGGAAGGAGCGUGGCUACGUGUGGUUCUGAACGGGAACAUCUCCCUGAGAUGCUGUGAAAUUAUUCCUGGACUCCACUCUGUAAUUGUCUCAGAUGUCAUAGGCUUCCCCUCACCUUUCCAGGACCUGCUCCAUUUUGGAUGACAUAACAUACUUUCCUCCAAAUCAUACUCUCCUGCCUAGAAUCCUAAUAAAAGUUAAUAAGACUUUUGCUUUUGAGCACCUAAGUCACCCGCAGAGAAGGAAGAAUAUGAACAACUUUAGAAGAAUCUCCAGGACUCAACAGAUACCAGGGAUAUAUUGUGAUGUCUUCAAGUGGUGUUUUCCAGACAUCUUGAGUAGCUAAUAGAAGAUCAUGAAUUUAAUUUUGUUUCAGCCUAAAAAUACACUAAAUUAUUUUUCUGAUGCUAUAUAGGAAAAAGAAUUCAUUUGCAUAUUAGUUAGUGAUGCAAGUUGUUAAAGAAAGCCAGUCAAUCAAAUCAGAUAAUUACAUUGUUCUUAAUAACUUAGAAAAAGAUAAGCAAAACUUUCCUUUUCCUUUGGCCAGUGAUACCUCAGAGGCUUCCCAAAAACUUUGUUAAAAACAAUUUAGAAAGUGUGGCUAAAUGAUGGGUUUUCGGGAAGUUUUUACCUUAUGUUUAAAAAAAUAUAUUUUCGCUACCAAAGUAGAAAAUAUGGUGGCAUAAAAUACUAAGGAUAUUUCCUUCCCACAAAAGACAAAGCGUAAUAAAUGCUGAUAGCUAAUAUUGUUGACUCUUUCUAACUCUGAGAUAUUUUGUUCCAUACUAUUAUUAUUGCUACUGAUAAACCCAAAGUAUAGAAAGAUCAUGUUUAAUUUUCAAUGAGAAGCCCAUUGACAAAUUUGAGAUUCAUAUUCUCUGUAGAGGUAAUGGCUUUGUUUGAAGCCCUUCGAGUCAUGUAUAUAAUUAUAACACAAACUACUCUGGAAGUGGUGUGAUUUUUGAAGUAAAGGGAACACCCAGAAUCUGGCUUUUGCUGUUUCCUAUUGGCAAUCUUCCAAAUUAGGAGUGAACAGAAGAGUAGCAAGUGCACUGGACACCAAUCCCUGAGGGCUUUUCUGGUGUUGGUAGGUGUUGAUCAAAAUCACUUCCUCCCUUCCUUCCAAAAUGAUGACAAAUGUCUCCGUAUCUUUGUAAUCUGGCAGAGCAGAGAUGACAUCCUGAUUCCUGUAUCAUUCAAGCUUCUGAUUGUAUUUUUUAUAUGAUAAUGUUCUACCAGAAAAGCAAGUUUCACCCACUCCAUGCACACAUUUUCAUUUUUUAGAGAAAGUCAGCUGUCUGACUGCUGAAGAUUUAAGCCAGAUAAGCAAGACCCAGAAUAAGAAAGUGCAUCCUUAAGAAAUUAUAUUUACACAUUUAGAGUCCUUUUGCUGAACCAAAGAGUUUUGUUUCUUGGGGUAGAUUUUUAAAGAUUAUGUAUUGUAUACAGAAAAGCCAUUUUUAAUAGGAUUAAUAUAACAUGCUUAAAGAAUUUCUAAAGUCUAAAAAUACCUUGUUUGCAUUUAGUUUGUAUGUACUAUAAGUUUUCCAUGUAUAUAUUUUAUAAUUACCAACAUAUACAGGCAGCAAACUGAUAUAUCGGGUGGUCAUUAGGACUGUACUGUAAUGUUCUCAAGAAUGUUCCAGGAUUGUGACUGAAAGGAAUAAGCCCUACAUAUCUACAGUUAAACCACAACUUAGAAGUUAAUCUUUCCUGUGAGUGGCCAUAUCAGAUACAAUUUCCACACAUGAUUGAAUAUGUUUCAUUUAUAAAGAUGAAGAUAUGUGGGACCGUAUUAUUGUCUAAGCUCAACUUGAUUUCUAGCUCAGCGACCUUGGGAAAAUGAUUUGCCUUUGGGUACCAGUUUCUCACUUGUAUAACAAUGGUAAAGUGAUACCCACAGACACAUCUUUACCCGGCACCUGUGAAAUGAUCCUUGCUGCAUAGAUGGGUAGAUGGGAGCUACCGUUACUAUCUCUGUUGAAAUUAAAGCGGCCUUAAUAACCAUUUAGUUUUGAGCCAUGUGUGUCAAUGGUGUCUCUCUGCAGAAUUGUUGUGUUAAGUCAAAUCUCUGAAGUAAAGGUGGUUGAUCAAACUUUGGCCCAUGAGAAGCAUUAAUCAUCAACCAAAUGAAGUGCUCUACUAGACUGACCUACAUUUAAAAUUGAUGAAUUAAAGAUCUGAGCGUGCACAUGCACACACACAGACAAGAAUGGACAGUUAUCCCCUAUAAAUGAAAAGCCGCAGUAUUUUUAACUAUUAAAUCAUUUCUAACUUCUAUUUUCUAGAAUGGAAUAUCAACUUUUCAUUCAUCAGAUUUUUCCAUGUGGGGUCAAAUUUUUAUUAUCGUAGGUUUUUUUUUUUUUUUCAUUUUCAAGUAGGUUUUUUUUCAUUUUCCGGGGGAUGGAAAAAUAAAGAAAAGGGAAAGAUGAGGCCUAGAUGCGUGACUUUAAUAAUUCAUCACAUCUAGUACUGGUACUAGAAGGUCACAGAGAAUAACCACUUAAAAAGAUGUGUAUGUGUUUCUUUUGACGUCAUAAUACAUCUGGAUCCUUGUCGCCAGACAUGCUAGGAGCACUUCCGUCCACCAGCUCACUCACGUAAGAUUCUGCAGUUACACCAAACGCUAACUGUGGAUUGUUCCCAAGGCCCCAUAUUGGCCAUAAAUACAGAUUGCAUUCCUAA